AUGCUGCUAAUUCGCACCUGUCUAGCAUGGAGCUAUGUGGUACCAAUACUGGUUUAUAGCAUCAAUUCAAGUUUUGCAUCACCAACUCAGCAUAUUUUAGAAAAAAGUGAAGUGGCACCCACCAACCUUAGCAUGGAAGUGCAAGAUGCAUAUGAACAUGUCAUAAGCUUCUUCAGGCCAAUGACAUGCCGUCACAAAGAUGAACAGAUCUUAAUUCCUUGUCAUGUAGGAGAGGACCUUAACGCAAGUGAAUGCUUGGAAAAUAAAUGUUGUCCUGCCAAAACCAGUCAUGAACUGAAAUGUUACAUGCCAUUUAAAGACAAUGUGCAACUGGCAUUUCGACUGAUUUUGCUUGUGUCAGGAGGACUUUUUAUGUUGGGGUGUCUACCAUUCUGUUGUGCCUGUUUGCAGAGAAGCCGAUGUGCUAAUCCUUUACGAAAAGCUGACAACAAAGUAAAGCAAAUGGUGUUGAAGAAAAGAGUACAUAAUGAAGACAUCUAUAGCCCUUUAUUGGAGUAA